AUGUCUGCACCGACACUGACGCGUCUUCGAGGAGCAGCGCACAGACACCUUGCAGUGCUGUCGUUGUACCUGUCUUUAAGGAAAGAGUAUGGUGCGAAUGUGGUUCCAGCCUUUCCCCCAAAGAAGAUCUUCACGCUCACCCCGGCAGAGGUAGAGCAGCGACGGGAACAGCUGGAGAAAUACAUGCAGGCUGCGCCCGACUCCAUGCUCGCCUUCCACCCCUACGAGCCCUUCAACAGCUUCCUGCGCAAGGCCCAGCAGGAGACGCAGCAGAUACCCACAGAGGAGGUAGUGCUAGAAGUGAUGCUCUCCAAUGGACAGAAGGUCAAGGUCACCAUUCUUACUUCGGACCAGACAGAGGAUGUCCUCGAGGCUGUGGCCUCCAAGCUGGAUCUGCCAGAUGACCUGGUCGGCUACUUCAGCCUCUUCCUUGUGAGAGAGACCAAGGACGGAACCUUCUCCUUCGUGCGGAAGCUGCAGGAGUUUGAGCUGCCGUACGUGUCCGUGACCAGCCUGCACAACCAUGAGUUCAGGAUCAUCUUGCGCAAGAGCUACUGGGACUCCUCCUAUGAUGACGAUGUAAUGGAGCAUCGCGUGGGGUUGAACUUGCUGUACGCGCAGACGGUGUCGGACAUCGAGCAUGGGUGGAUCCUUGUCAACAAGGAACAGCACCGGCAGCUGAAGUCCCUGCAGGAAAAAGUCUCCAAGAAGGAGUUCAUCCGCCUGGCGCAGACCCUGAAGUACUACGGCUAUCUCAAGUUCGACCCCUGUGUCACCGACUUUCCUGAGAAGGGAUGUCACGUCGUCGUCAGUGCUGGCAACAACGAGCUCAACUUCCAGGUGCGGCUGCCGAACGAGCAGAUCAAGGAAGGCAGCUUCAAGGUCACGCGCAUGCGGUGCUGGCGGGUCACGUCGCAGGUGCCAAUGAGCAAUGGUCCAUCGGGGAGCAGCCCAGGGAAGUCCGAGGUGAAGCUGGAGUUGGCUUUCGAGUAUCUAAUGAGCAAGGACCGCCUGCAGUGGGUCACCAUCACCAGUCCGCAGGCCAUCAUGCUGAGCAUCUGUCUGCAGUCCAUGGUGGACGAGCUGAUGGUGAAGAAGUCUGGAGGCAGCAUCCGCAAGNNCUCGCGGGAUGCCCCCGGGGAGCCGAUGGCCAAACUCUCGACCAAGCUCACCUCUGUCAGCCUGCGAGGGAUCAGCCACUCCAGCUCGGCUAACGAUGUGGGCGCUAAUGACUUCCAUGGCAAUUACGCCUUUGAGGGCAUCGGCGACGAAGAUCUGUAG